ACAUAUCACAUGUUGGUGGAUUCUGGCUGUCAUCAGACCUCAAAGCAUGCUCUCUGCAGAAAAAUGUCUUUGCAGCACCUGACUGCCAUAAACUGUGCAAGUCUUCUGCAGCCCGGUUGCUCCUUAUUGCAUCUAGAAGGUGAUGCUUAUCUUUUCGGUCAGAAAGGAUGGCCCAAACGUUCCUGCCCUACAGGCAUGUUUGGUGUACGCAUUAAACAUGGGGAGUUAAAAUUGCGUGCCAUCACAUUCUCCAACAAUUCUUGCUAUCUCCCACCUCUGCGUUACCCAGGAAUUGCUCAUGUAGAGCCUCACAGUGAAAACCCUGAGUGUUACCUCAUUCAUGGAGGCCGAACACCCAACAACGAGCUGUCCUCAAGCCUUUACGUACUUAGUGUUGACAGUCGUGGAAGUAAUAAGAAGGUCACACUGAGAUGCCAGGAGAAAGAGUUGGUCGGUGAGCUUCCAGAAGCACGAUAUGGCCACACCCUUAGUGUAGUCCAUAACAGAGGGAAAACUGCUUGUGUUCUGUUUGGUGGCAGAUCCUACAUGCCUUCUGCUGAGAGAACCACAGAGAAUUGGAACUGCAUGGUGGACUGUCCACCCCAGAUUUACCUCAUUGAUCUGGAGUUUGGCUGCUGUUCAGCACACACCCUCCGAGAGCUCACUGAUGGCCAGUCGUUCCACCUGGCACUGGCACGAGAGAACUGUGUCUACUUCUUGGGCGGCCAUAUUGCCUCGACUGACUGUCGACCACCUCGUCUGUUCAGACUGCGUGUAGAGCUUCUUUUAGGCAGUCCAUUACUCUCCUGUGAGAUCCUUAAUGAUGGUAUCUCCAUCACAAGUGCCAUUGUAACUCCCAUAGGCCCUGCUCAUGAAUACAUUAUUCUUGGUGGUUACCAGUCAGAUUCCCAGAAGAGAAUGCUGUGCACCUACGUUACACUAGAUGAUGUUGGAAUACGGAUGGAGCCCAGAGAGCCUCCUGAGUGGAGCAGUGAGAUCAGCCAAAGCCGCACCUGGUUUGGUGGAAGCCUAGAAAAGGGGAGUGCAUUAAUUGUUAUACCAUCAGGGACAAAUCCCACACCUACAGAUGCAUAUUACUUGUACCAGUUAAGCUUCCAGCAAGCCGGAGAUGGAGAGGAUCCAACCCAGACAUGCAGCCAAGAGUCCACUGAUUUUGAGGAUUCAGCACCUCUAGAAGAUUCAGAAGAACUGUAUUUUGGGCGUGAACCCCAUGAAAUGGAGUACAGCAGUGAUGGAGAGGGAGACACCUACAAUGAGGAAGAUGAAGAGGAUGAAUCUCAGACUGGUUACUGGAUCAAGUGCUGUUUCACAUGUCAGGUAGACAUCAACACCUGGGAGCCUUUCUACUCUACUGAGCUCACCAGACCAGCCAUGAUCUUCUGUUCCAGAGGCGAAGGUGGACACUGGGUCCAUGCUCAGUGUAUGGAGCUCUCAGAGAGUCUAUUAUUACGCCUCUCUCAGGAUAACAGCAAGUACUACUGCCUGGACCAUGGUGGCCUUGCCAGGCAGGAAAUGACUCCCCCAUGCAAGAUAAUGUCUCUGAAGAGAGUCCCAAUGAAGACAAUGCACCGCAAAGCCCCCAUAACCCUGAAAAUGACUCCAGUUAAGAAGAGCUUCUUUAGAAGACUGUUUGACUGA